UUCGAGGCGACGUUACGUGUUGUGUACCGCGUUACUUGGCUUGUUGUUUCCGUGUCCGUGUUUCCUCGGUGUGCCACAGUGUUCAUAUAUCCCUCGUCUUGCGCAUAUCGGUGUUACUUUUCGAAGUAUUUCAGUCGGAUAUCGUGUACUGUCGCGGAGACAGAUCGCGGCGACACGUCGCGUACGUAUCGGCAAUAACGUGACGGAACGAUGCACGGGUUUCUGCAACGAGAUGACGUUUGAUCCGCUCGAGGCUGUUGUUCAAGCCGGAAACGUUCUUCUCAUCGGCAGCACAGACUGGAUCAAACGAUAGAGUUACUCGCGCGAACAGUGAACAGUCCGGCUAUCGUGGAACGACAACGUGACACGCUCGUUACAUAUAUACAUAUGUAUAUGUAUAUAUAAAGCUGCUCUCAGUCGGUGAUUGUGUUCGCUUGUUGGUCAUCAGUGUCGUGUGAUAAUUUUCGUGAAGCUGUGAUUCGCGUAGCGGGAACCGAGAAACAGUGUCGUGGCGACGAAGCAUUUAUGCAAAUCAAGCACGAAUCGUUCAGCAACAGUCGACGAGAGUAUCGAAAACAUAGCUUCGAUCUACCCUUCGACAUUGGAAUCUCGUGGAUCGCGUGCUUCGUGCAACCAUACCCCGCUUCCUCGUGUGUAUAUGUGUUGUAUAGUGCAGACACGGCGGAGCUAGCAUCGUGAGCAUCUGAGAACUCGCUGUGUACCUAAAGAAACAGCUGCCUCCGUCUUCUACCCCCGAAUUUGUUCAACGAAUCGACGUAAUAUUAGAAAAGAAGAGCAUCGAGGUUGUCGAGGUUUUGAGAAUCGUGCAAGAAAACUUUCUACAGAAGUAUAAAUGAAAUUCCAUAUCGCGACGUAUCGGUGUUUUCGCGACCCUCAUCCGCCUCGAGCGGUGUCACGCGCGUAGAGAUCGGUAAGAAAUGGAGCUAAGAAAUUAAGCGAUCGAUCGCAACGCGUUACACUCAGUGGCAAAAAUGCCGAAGGAGGAUUCGUAGGCUUGAGUCGGUGCUCGCCUUGCUGUUGCUGCUAUUCUAACCAGGAGGUUAAUUAAAGUCGAUGAUCGGGUCUAAUGGGAAAACCGCAAGCUUGCGUCAAGGUGGCGCGCAGUUAGCGCUUGAACAGGCCUAAAUGAAGAGCGAUCGUCACGGGAACAGGUGAUCGAUAGCGAUUGCGAGGAGCCGCGUGCGACUGUGUGUGUCUGUGCGCGCGCGCGUGGUCGCACAGGGUAAUCGUGGCGGUGACGCGCGGGGGUAGGGACGGAGAGGAGCAAGAUGGAACUCUUCCUGAUUCUCGUCUGUCUGAUUGCGCCGCCCACCCUCUCGCUCUCGAUCAAGAGCAAGCUCAAUCCACGGAUCGUUCAGACACGGUACGGCGAGGUGCAGGGGGUCAUACGCUCCUUCGAGAACACCAAGUUCCUCAAGCCAAUCGACGUCUAUCUCGGAAUACCAUACGCCACCCCUCCGAUCGGGGGUAACAGAUUUUCACCGACUAAGGCGCCCAGCCCGUGGGAAGGAGUCAGAUUAUCGGACUCGGUCAGUCCUGUCUGCCCUCAAAAGCUGCCCGACAUUUCAAAUGAGCAAGAAGCGUUGGAGCGUAUGCCAAAAGGACGGUUGGAAUACUUGAAGAGGUUGCUACCUCAUCUACGGAAUCAAAGCGAGGAUUGUCUCUAUUUGAACAUUUACGCACCGGCUGUGGGCAUGGCAGACAAUAGUAGAAAGCAUCCGGUAGUGCUGUAUAUCCACGGGGAGAGCUACGACUGGGGCAGCGGAAAUCCGUACGAUGGCAGUGUACUAGCCAGCUACACGGACCAAGUGAUCGUAACGAUGAACUACCGGUUGGGCGUGCUUGGUUUUCUCAACGCCAACAUGGCGCCUCAGACCAAGGCGAGGGUCGCGAAUUAUGGGCUGAUGGAUCAGAUCGCGACGCUUCAGUGGGUCAAAGAGCACAUUGCUCUGUUUGGCGGCGAUCCCAACAACGUGACGCUGAUGGGUCAAGGGACUGGAGCCGCCUGUGUUCAUUUUCUCGCCAUCAGCCCGACGGUCAUGCGUGGUUUAUUCAAGAGAGCUAUCCUAUUAUCAGGCAGCGCUCUGUCGUCGUGGGCAGUUGUCGACGACCCUGUUUCUUACGCUUUGAGACUUGCCAGGGCAGUUAAUUGCUCGAUCCCCGAGGAUCUGCUCAAAGACAACGAACUAAUUGUUGACUGUCUCCGAGACCGAAGCCUAGAAGAGCUGAUGUUGGUUGACAUUCAACCACCGACAUUUUUGAGUGCAUUUGGACCCAGCGUGGACGGUGUAGUCAUCAAGGCAGACUUUCAAAAAGAUUUGCUGUCCUACAUGGGUCCGGAGUUCCAAGGAUUCGGGCCACUGCCGAAGAAAGCUGAACACGGUGCACCGAUCACGAGUAAUAACAAAUACGAUUUGUUAUUUGGCGUAACUACCAGCGAAGCACUAUGGAAAUUCGCGGAGAAGGACGUGCAACAUGGGUUCGAGGGUGAGAGGAGAGACAGGAUCAUUAGGACAUACGUGAGGAACGCGUACGUGUAUCAUCUCACGGAAAUAUUUUACACGGUGGUGAAUGAAUACACCGAUUGGGAACGAACGGUGCAACAUCCAGUGAAUACGAAGGACGCCUGUGUCCAAGCACUAAGCGACGCUCAAUUCGUGGCGCCAUUAGUGCAAACUGGCGACCUAUUCACUCUAAGACACACGAAGAAACCGAAUAAUCCUCAUAUCGCACCGAUUCCGGAAAGCGAGAAGGAACCGUUGCCUAAAACGUACUUCUACGUGUUCGAUUAUCAGAUGAAGGACGGAGACUAUCCUCAGAAGAUGGGCUCUGUCCAUGGCGAGGAAUUACCAUUCAUCUUCGGAGCACCGUUGGUGGACGGUUUCGGUCACUUCCCCAGAAACUACACCAGGUCUGAAGUAGCACUCUCCGAGAGCAUCCUACAGUACUUCGCCAACUUUGUCAGAACUGGGAACCCGAACGUGAUCGAUCACCACAGUCGAAACGAUACGCUUCUGCUCGCCAGCCGGGAGAAAAGCCGUUUCCGUAGCUUGACGUGGGAUCAAUACGAUCCAGUGCACCAGAAAUACUUGGAGAUCGGUAUGAGGCCAAAGAUGAAGAAUCAUUACAGAGCUCAUCAGCUGUCCGUUUGGCUUCGCCUCGUUCCGGAACUCCAUCGAGCUGGAAUGGAAGAUGUGGACUCCAGGCACAAUCUAUUUCGUGAACACUCGGAUCCUAGCCUGUACGAUGGCUCGGUGAGACCGGAUCCUCUGAGCAGGAUCAGCGAAGAAUUCAGAAGGAAGAACAUCACCUCCGAACCACCAACCACCACAGACUACAAUGCUGCCACGUGUGUUAGCUACAUUCAGAGCACGAAUUUGGAGAACGUUCAUAACGCCAGUACAGACACUCUGGCCAGCCCGGAUGCAUCUGAGUACUCUAUAUACUCUACAACUUUGAGCUUGACAAUCGGGCUCGGAUGUACUUUACUGGUUUUGAACGUGCUGAUCUUUGCGGCAGUUUACUAUCAAAGAGACAAAACAAAACUCGCGAUAAAAAGCCUUCAGCAGCAACAAAUGCUAAAUCAACAGUGCGGACCACCAAGUUUCUCCGAACUCAAACAACCGCCUCCGCCGCAUUCCCAUUUCCCCGGAAGAGCUCAAGUUAUCGUCGAUGUGGAGAACGAAAUGCUGAAAAGGAACGUUAUGAAAGGCCCUCCGAACGAUCCCAACACGCUUCUCCAACAGGGCCAGGGAACUCACACGUUGCCUCAUCAACACCAUUAUCAAAAGCAACAUCAGCAACAGCAUGCCACUCUUCCCCGAGCUUCCGUCAUACAGGACAUGAAUGCACAAACCCAAGGUCCACCAAACGGAUCCAUACAUCUGACACUACCAAGAGCAACACCUCCACCCCCCCGAGCAAAGAGUUCUCCCGAGAACCAGCCCCUGUUGCAGAAUGCCACCGUAUCGAGUCGUGUGUCCCAAGCUACGAUGAGUGAGAUGAGAGUGUGAUGUUUGGACCCCCCUCCGAAGCCAGUCGUGCCGGACGUUCUCACGGCAUCGACGUUGCUCUAAAUAACAUCAAAAAUACAGCGUCUCGUCAAUGCCAGUCAAGUUCUAUCCUAUGAAUUCGAAAUACUCGAAACAACACUCUGAGAAAAAAUUCUUUUAGGAAUAUUCCAUCGAAAUUCCAGCGAACAACGCUCGACUGGUACCUGGUCUGAAAGCUUGUACCGUUUUCCAUUUCCAUCGUCCAGUUGACAACGACGCGCUACAAAAACCAACGGAGGGGGGCAGUAAAUGCAUCUUUUUCUUGAAAUUAGAGGAACAUUCGAAGGAUAUAGGGAAGAGAAGAAUCCGGUAUUCGUCGACGAAGAAGAGUUAAAGGUACUCGUGAAAUUUGAAGAAAGAAAAUGCGGCUUCGUGGGAAUUAAAGAAGAGUUAAAGGUGCUCGUGAAAUUUGAAGAAAGAAAAUGCGGCUUCGUGGGAAUUUUGCGAGGAACUAAUUCAAAUGAUGAAAUUGUGACAAGAUUAAAAGAAUGAAGUUUAUCGAAUGUUUUGUAAGGACAUUUAUAUAGGAAAUGUGAGAUAAGGUGCGAAUAGGGGAAAUUCGAAACUGAAUUUUAUCGAGUAGAUUUCUCUUUAAAUUCCUUUAGACGGACGAAAUGAAAAGAAAAAUCUUGAAUCGUGUGUUUCGACGGAUACCAGAACCUUAUCGUGAUUGAGAAUGAUAGAUAAAUCGUGAGUAUAAUGGAAAUUUCCGAUAUCCAAAGAUCAUGAAAAUAAGAUCGACGACUUUCUUUUUAUGAUUGAUCGUACUUCAAUCAAAGAAGAAGGAAUCGUUCCAUAAUGAAAUCAAAUGAGUACAUUCAGCUAGCUAGUCAGUAAUAAUGAAUUCUACGUAUUACGAGAGGAGAGAGACGCUCAAAGCAGAAAUCGAUCAUGGAGACUCGUGUAUAAAACGCUAUCCACUACGAUGUUAGAUGUUCCUUGUAUAUAUUUAACGAAAUAAAAAGACAAAAAAGUGAAUUUAUACCAUAAGUGAAAGCCAAACAUGUUUGCUACUUUCUAAGAAGACAUGUACUCGUGUCCCGUACAGUUUGAUCGUCCGUUUCAAUCGUUUGCCCAUUCUGUUUUUCAUUUUAUUCUUCCUACGAUUGACUGUAAACGUUACAAAGUGUAAGUGUGCGAGAUCAUUAGCGCUCAAAUCAUCAUUGUAAAAAAUACGUUCGACGACGAAUCGACUCGAUUUUGCUUUUGAUUGAUCAAAGAAUUUCUAAAUACGAUAUUAUUGUAAAGUAUGGAAAUACUACAGAUUAAUCGAACGCUAAAUUAAUUCGAAUUUCUGUCUUUGAUUUAAGAUAACAGAUACCUUAUUGACACAUACGACACAAUGGGCCGUCCAUCUUUUGCUAUUAUAAUCUCUGAGAUAUUUCAUUUCAAUAUUAAUGUCAUCGAUUAAAAUUAUACUAAUUUUAAGUAUCAUAAUUUAUAUACCAUAGUACAAGGAGAUUAUCGUUAAGCAUCAAUUUUUAUAAAAUUUCAUCAAGAAAUAUAUGGAAAAGCGGACAGUAUUGAACAACCGAAAUCACCACACUACCAUUAAAUGCUUCAAGUACAAAGUUCUUUAUAAAAAUGUUUUUAAUUCAAUAUGUAUAUGAAAAUAAUAUUGAAAAAUCAAAAGAGAUCGCCGUUCCUUCGGUUCAAGCACAAAAAUGGAAUUGAAAUAUCUGGAUUUACAUAUAUUGAUAUAAUGAAUUCUCUUUCGUCAAUCAAAAGCUUCGAUCGUCUAUGAACAAUAUCGUUCAACCUCGUCCCAUUAAUUAUUGUAAUACCGUAAUUCGAAACGAUUCCAUUUCACGAAAGAAAAUCAAACUGACUGAGCGACGCUUUCGAAAUAUGCCGUUCCGACGAUGAACGUUUGUGAAAUGGAGUGUGGGUAAUUACCAUCUUUUUUACGCUUUUGGUAACAUUGAGAAAUCUUCCAGAGAGAAGAUUUCGUUUCACUCGAAUUACCACGUAUACUAUUGACAAGAAAAAAAAAAAAGAAAAAAUACAAAAAGCGAAGGGAAAUGGAAUGAAAAAUGAUCACGUGAAAAAGGCUCGAUUUACACCUAUUCAAAUUUUAAUUACCUCGUUACGAUAUAGGAAAAAAUAUUGUUAUUUUCCUAUUUAGAAAGAAGAUUUAAGAAAUAAUUCGUUAUUAGAAUACGGCAAUCUAGCUCUGAAGAAAAUUGAAACAAUUUCUGUCAUUCCAUGGUAAUUCGAUUACAGUUAGAGCUAUGUUCGAAUGUGAUAUUUCAUCCAGCAUCUCAUAAUCAGAGAAGCCAUUGCAUAACAUUUAAUUACAACAUGGCUAAGUCGGUAGAGCAAAUCAAGCUGUACAGUAGCGGUAAUCACAGGUAAUUAAAUCGUUAAUGUAAAUCGGGCCGUAUAGUUUACGAAACUACGAAUCGACAUGCGUGUUAAACUAUACACUAUGAAAGUGGAUGUAAUUAAAGAUCCCUAGAAUGCUAAAUCAUUAAAAGAGAAAAAAAUCAUAAAAGAAAUUAGUCGAUUCGUAUUGGAUUCACAGUGUACGUGAUGUUUUUGUAAAAAUAAAGAAAUACGUAUAGAUGUAACAUAAAAAUUAACAUCACUGUUAUCGUGUAUAACACACUGCCACUGGACACGUAAAUUCACGUAAAAAAAAGAAUUUCGUCGGUCGGUUCGAAUAAAGGAGACUGUUACUUCAA